AAAUGGUGGUCAGCAUUCUGGUGCGCGAUCGAACGGGUCCCAUUGUACGGUGCCCAUACGGAACGGCGCGUAUGUGAACAUAGUGUAGCAUAUUUAUGCUACAUUGUGAACCGUCGUUUGUGCUGUACGCCAGCGAAAACAACGGGCCUGUGUUUCCGCGACAAUUAUCUCUGGAACAAACACGCACACACACAUACGCGCUCCCAACCAGAAGUUUAGUGAUGAAAGAUUCAUACAAUUUUCAUGCAUUCUAGAUGUUGCGGAUCAUCGCUAGGUUGGUGAUGGUUGAUCCGUAAUAGUGUGUUGUGUAUUUUCCUCUGCAUUGCACGUUUAAUCACUAUCUCCGUGUGCGUGUGUGUGCGCGCGCGUCACGAAACCGCUGCAAUCAAUAUAUUGUGUUUCAGAGCGGAUAGCGACGGUCACCACUUCCUGCUGUUUAGAUGAAUCAUCUCUGCUAGACACUCUGCCACUGACUCCUCAACAACAACAACUUCGUUGUUCACACCCCAGUUACCAGUGGAUUUCUCCGGUCCCGCGAGUGCACAAUGGCGAUGGAAGUGUUUCAAACCGAAACGCACUACAUCUUCCUGCGGAAGGAGCGGAGCCUCUGGUGGAAUCGAUAUUCGUCCGAAUUUCAGCUAAAGUGUGGAUGGGAUUUAUCGUCGGUGGACGAUAUCGAGUGUAUCGGUGUGACGCACGGUAUUGUCGGUACGAUUACGCUGCAGGGUGUGCUCGAACCGCACCUGAUCGUCAUCAAGGAGGUGGUACCGGUCGGUGUACUGUACGCACCGCAUCUGGUGUACAAAAUCAAGAGCAUUGCCGUGCUGGGACCGGAUGGUGCCGAUACGCUGCUGCUCGGCUGCAGCAAGCACAAUACCAACCAAUCGGUAAAGAUUGCACCGGCAGCGAUGGCAGGCGGCGGUGGUACGAUGGUCCCCCCGGAUGGGCAUCCCUCACCGAAAAGCCGUCUGUUCGAAAGUUCCGCACUGGUCAACAAGACCUGGGGUGCGGUAAAGAGUGCCGGCAGCACGAUCCGCAACACAACGGAGAAGGCGGCCGCCAUCGCUACCAGCCAGGUAAAGUCGACCGUCAGCCUGGUGGUAAAGGAUCCGGUACGCAUCGAGAAGCGGGUCAUCGACGAGCUGCACAAAAUUUUCGACGAUACGGACAGCUUCUACUAUAGCCCUAACUGUGAUAUUACGAAUAAUCUGCAACGCCGGGGCGCACCACCGGACGAUCGGUUCUACUGGAACAAACCGAUGCUGGCGGAGCUGCUGAAGGUGGUGGCGGGUGGCGAGCCGGCGGAUGGGCCGGGUGCGGCGGACUGGGUGCUGCCGAUUAUACAGGGGUUCGUGCAGGUCGAACAGUGCGUCAUCGGGAACGAAUGUUUUACGCUGGCGCUCGUAUCGCGCCGCUCCCGAAACCGGGCCGGCACGCGGUACAAGCGGCGCGGUGUGGACGAGCACGGUAACUGUGCCAACUACGUGGAGACGGAGCAGGUCCUAUCGUUGCGCCAGCAUCAGAUAUCGUUCACGCAGGUGCGCGGCUCGGUGCCGGUGUACUGGAGCCAGCCGGGUUACAAGUAUCGGCCACCGCCCCGUCUCGACCGGGACGAGACGGAAACGCAGCAAGCGUUCGAGAAGCAUUUCGACGGCGAGCUCGACAUCUACCAGUCGAUCUGCAUCAUCAAUCUGGUGGAGCAGAGUGGCAAGGAAAAAAUCAUCGGUGACGCUUACGCGAACCAUGUGCUGAAGUACAACUCGGACCGAUUAAUAUACGUAACGUUCGACUUUCACGAGUAUUGUCGUGGAAUGCGAUUUGAAAAUGUAUCCUCACUGAUCGAAUCACUCGCGCCGGAAGCGGGUGCGAUGGGAUUCCACUGGCGCGACAAUAACGGACCGAUCUGCAACCAGAAGGGUGUGUUCCGGGUGAACUGCAUGGACUGUCUCGAUCGGACGAACGUGGUCCAGACGGCCAUCGGCAAGGCGGUGCUGGAAUCGCAGCUGGUAAAGCUCGGCCUUGCGAUGCCAUACUCGCAGCUGCCGGACGCCCUUAAGGCACCGUUCAUGGUGCUUUGGGCGAACAACGGUGAUGUCAUCAGCCGGCAGUACGCAGGAACGAAUGCACUCAAGGGUGAUUAUACGCGCACGGGUGAGCGUAAAAUUUCCGGCAUCAUGAAGGACGGCAUGAACUCGGCUAAUCGCUACUACAUCCAACACUUUGCCGACACGUUCCGGCAGAGUUGCAUAGAUUUGCUGCAGGGUCAGUUGAGCGGGGACGACUGCCUCCCGGAGGACGACGUUUGCGAUGCGGUCGUCGGCAUUGCCGUUACAGCGCUCAAACCAUCCGGUCCGGUACCGUUGACGUACUACAACUAUGGCCAGUUGGCGUCCGAACAGGUGCUGCUUGAGCACGUCGUCUACAGUGCCAGCUAUUAUCUGGCCCGCUUUAAGGACACGUACCGCCAGGCAACGAUCGAUAUGAUGCUCGGUAACAACGUUUCGCCCGAGUCGGUGUCGGCGCUCGGUGGCAGCCAGACGGCCGCCACCGACGAAACGGACGCCCUGGAGGGUGCCGAACAUGCGCGUCUGCUGGUCGAGGAUUGCCGGCGGCUGUUGCUCGGUACGGCCCAGCUACCGGUCGGUGCGUGGGGUCUGAUCGACGCAGAUCCAAGUACCGGUGAUCCGAGCGAAACGGAGGUGGACACCAUUCUCAUCCUGACCGACGAUUGCUACAUUGUGGCCGAGUACGAUUCACACCUGGACAAGAUCGUACGGUUCGAGAACGUACCGCUCGCAAGCAUCACCCUGAUUGAGCUGGGCCUGUUUCAGCACAGCAAAAUGUUUCAAGGCCCAGCGCCGGCCCAUCUCUGCAUCCGGCUCAACUACGCGGUAGACGGCGUCGACGGUUACUUUCACAUGUUCCGGUCGCCCAACAUACGCUUCUUCAACAACGUGGCGGUGGUGAUCCGCAAAACGGAGGAAAUUACGGAAUCGCUAACCGCGAUCGUGGAUCUGUUUCGCAUUGCGCUGCAAAACUGUGGCCGGAUGGAGGUGGUGUUCCAGUGCGGUGGCAGUUUGCAGCGGCGCAAGAGUCGAACGUUGCUGUCCGUACCGGCAGGCAUACCGCGCAACCUUUCCGAAUCGCAGCUGGUGCAGAUGGGCUCGAAAGCGUUCAGCAAUAUGGCGGGCCAGUUUUCCAAGAUUGGUCAGUCGCUUAACGCGAGCAAAAUUGGGCGUGGCUCGUCGGCUGGCGGUGGUGGCAAGGGUAAGGGUGGCAAGCGGGAACAGGAUCAGCCGGGGGCGGAUCAGGCGGGCGGUAAGGGUGCGCGCCGGGAAGGUUCGAGCGGUUCGGUGAGUUCGUUCGGUGGUGGUGGCGGCGGCGGCGGUCCGGCCGGUACGGUUGGCGGACUGAGGCCGUGCUCGGCGUACGCGGGCGGCAAGAUGGAACGGUCCAGCUCGGAGUCGGAGGAGGCGGAGUGUGCCAGCAUGUACGAGCCGGAAGAUUUGGUCGAGCAGAAUCCGCUGUACAACGAGAACGUGUUCCUGCCGUCGGUCGGUAUCGUGAUGGGCGGCACGAGCAACGAGCCGGAUGUCGGCGGAUCGGCCAGCAACGUGCUGGAGGAGAAGGACAGUAUCGCGAAGAUGUCGUCCGAUCUGUCCACGAUGUCGAUAUCGUCCGUUACGGACCACAUCAACAUGCCGGUCGGUAUGCUCGAGUGUGCGUCACCGAUACGCGUCAGCAGCCCGACGCCCGAAAUCUUCGUCGACGGUGCGAGUGGCGGUGGGGGGGAGGGUGGUGAACCGAACAGUAACCGAGCGGGACGCAACAUGAGCCUUAAUCUACAGGCCCCGGCGAGCGGUGGCGAUAAUGCGCUGCGGCAGCUGAAGAAGCUUACCAGCCCGCUGUCCAACAUUGGCAAGGGCUUGCAAACGCUCGGUGCCAACCUGGACCCGAGAAAGAUAGCUGUGAAGAGUCCCGUUGCACCGGUACGGAGCACCAGUGCCGCUUUUGCGGAGAUUAAACAGCUGGAGGAGAAAUGGGAAAAGGCCAGCUGUCGCACCAAGCUGAUCGCCCUGUAAACAGUGGUUGGAGGCCUACACCUUGUUGCUAGUUUCUAAACCGCCCAUCAGCCGCAUGCAUGCAGCUCUUCGCGCGAACACUAACCUCCAUUUUGCAGUACGUACAAACCAUCCAUGUUACGGUUCACGCGGCAAUCAUGUUAAUAUCGACCAGGGAGUUUUUGCAGCUUUCGUUACGUUUUGGUAGCACCUUGGUAGAAGAUAUGAACAUUAAGUUAGCCAACAUGAAGGCCGAUCGCGCACAGAGUUACAAUUAAUCGAGGCACAAACGUUCGAUGCAAGUGUAGUAGCUCCACAGUCCCUGGUCGAUCCCAUUCCAAUUAGUCGGGUACGAUGGUCUGAUCAGUAUUCUGAUUGCGCGUUCAAAAAAAAAAAAAACACUGUCAGGAAGCACAAACUGCUCCCACGAAGUGUAGCAUGCCUUGCCCAAAUUAUCUUACAUUGCAAAUGCCAAAGCUUUAUUAACAGAAUGAAACUAAUUUAUUGCGAUAGUGGAAAUUUGGAGGUUUGUAAAGAUAGGUGACUGCAUGUUUGAAGUGGCCCAAAACUUCAUCCAUCUUAGGGUCAGAAGUCAUCACCGAGUCCGACCUCGAUAUCUCAAUACUCACACGUGUCUCCGAUACAUGGACUCUGUCGACGAUUUCUCGUGCAGCGAAUUAGACUCUCCAGGCUCUGAUUGCGUCAUGCGAUUGGUACUGGACGACGCCACCUCUUUAAAGCCCUGCCAGAUGGACAAAGAAGGAGACUCGAGAGAUCUAAAUACGUCUCCAGAGACACCGCGAUUUUGGUGUGGUAGAUGACGUUUCGGACGCUUGAGAGAGCUUGAGCAGUGUUGAGGACUCCUGAAGCAAAUUAGCCUCUCCAGAAUCUUCAGGUAGGCUCUGAUUGACUCAUAAGAAUGGCACUGGACGACUCUCCCUCUUGGAGGAGACUUGGCAGACCUAAAUUCGUCUCCAGAGUGACCGAGAUAUUGGGGUGGAGCUAGAGCAGUAUUGAGGACUUCUGCAGAAGUCUGAAGAGCUGGUGGAAUAAUAUCGCGUAUGUUGUUUUUAUACCCUCUUGCUCUCGUGAUUGAGUUCUUGCAUUCUCCCUUACCCAAAAAAAAAAACGCAUACACCCACACACUGAAACAUUAUCGCGGGAGAAACCCCAAACAGAGUAAAACAGAUAAAAAUGGCAACGAAAUUGUUGUGCUGCUGGGUGCGGUAAGAGCGUCACGGAGGGCUUACCAAUUAUUUCGUCACGCGUGCGGCGAAGACGCUAGAAAAAAACGCUUCAAUAUAUUAUAAUUAUCAGCAGUAUUGUUAUUUAUCGCAUAUAUAUAUUAGUCAAAAUUGUUCAAAUCAUUGUAUCGUACAGGAACUAACAUUAGAACCAUAUGUUUUGCACGGCAGUACGCAAUGCAACCAAAUAGCAAACAAAACACACAUACCAGAAAGCACUACAGAACGGAUACGGAGGCCUAGCCUGUGGGCGGAUGGAGAGCUUCACGAGCGCGUCGGUCGGCAGACGUUCAAGAGAAAUACCAAAGUCAAUUAUGUAUAGCGUACCGUGGCGUAUGGCACGAAGCGAGGGAAGCCGAGCGGAUGUCUGCAGGCCAAAGUGGACAACAAGGAAAGCAAAAUCUUCAAAUUAUCUCUUUAGACGUGUGCCGUUUAGGCCGUGCGGUCGGUUGUAGUUGUAGUAGCGGUAGUAAUACCUCCCGAUAGUUGCUUAAUGGUAGUGACCAGCAGACGAUGGCAGAUGAGGAUUGAUUGACGAUACGUAGCAGCAUUCCAGCCUGGUAGUGGCAGGCGAGGCGAGUAGUGUCGAGGUCGCUAGCAACAGUAGGACGAGCGUUUACACACGAUAGUUUGCAGUAUUUUAACCAGAACGCCAGAAGUAUGAAGGUCUUAGCACUUCAACUAGUAACGCUACCGUAGAGCGUUACGAGUAUGGCGUUACUGUUGAAGUUCCGGUCCCCUUUCCAUUGCCGUUUUGCCGUUUGGUUAGAUUUUUGUUUGGUGUGUCCUACCCAUCCUUUGAACCCGUUCGAGUUCCUCCGUAGUGAGAACUGACUAUCCAGACACCAGAGCCAGAAAUGACAGUCAGGACCCAAGAGUUAGAGAUCGCUAGACCAAGAAGAGACAGAGAUUCCUACCCAUUCUAGGUUAACUCACCCAUUCCAUCCUGCUAGAUUAGAUUGGACCACCGGUUGGAUGCGUUACGUUACAGCUUAUAUAGGUUCCUGCGUUCCUCACCCAUUACAACCACUUUGCCAGUUACCCGUUACCGAACCGUCAUGUAUUACCGUAUAGUAAGCCGUAUAUCGCUAGCAUUGUGUUGUAUUAUUGUGGCUGGUUUAAGCAACCCUUACUUAGACAAUAUUACUCCAUCUGUGUUUUUCUUCGUGCUUGUGAGCAGUGGACAUAACAAGGCUUGCCGUUAGGUAUUAUUAUCUAUUUUAUUCACAGGCUAUAUUGGCGAGAUCGCUUGUCGCGCAGGGUUACGGUGUAGACCGAGGAUUGGCGGAUUGUCUCAGUUUCAUUGCGAAGAAAUAAACGGUUUUGCUUACAGAUACGCA